CAAAACACCCAGAAAGCUUCCGAGCUCAUCAAACCUCGCCUGCUAAGCAGGCUUGAGCCUGGAUGGCGCUUGGAUGGGUGACUCCCACGCACAGACAGGUUGCAAUAGGGCUAUCGGGCCCUAUGGCAACCUUCAAUCCACGCUGACCUGGGUGGCGAAGUAUGGUAAAGAAAAAUCCCUCACAACCCACGCGGUGUGGGAAGGCUCUGAUCCAGCAGUGGAUUUAGAGAAGCUCUAACUGGUUCAGACAUUCGUCACUGAUGUUUGUCGUGAAUCGAGCUCAAGUAGCGGGAUUAACAACGCAGUGCGUGUUGGAUCCCGAUUUGGUGGCUGAGUGGAGAUUGUACCAUCGCAUGUCAUGAUGCUGUGGCGGAUUCCUCUUGCUCCUCCCCUAAACUGUGGCUGGUUAGCAAACACUGAGCAGGCUCAGAUUUAUACUCCAUUGCACUGAAGGAAGAACUGUGCGCUGCUGGAAACUCUGCCCAGUUCAUGAAUCGCACCCUAGAAGUGGCACUACAACAAUUUUCUGGCCCAACAGAGCUGUGACUGAAUGAUAUUAAAUUCCAGUGGCAUAUAAAUUCUGCACUAUAGCCAUGCAUUGAUAAGUUACUAACUUACGACUCACCAUGAAAUGCAGAAAAUAUAUUCUGCUUGUAUCUUGUGUGUAAUUUAAAUGCGCAGUAAUUUACCCACGUAUUAAAAUUUGUGUAUUCAUGUUUUCACCCCACAGAGUGUGUGAGGGGAUGCGAUUUUGAUGAAAUAGGGGACUUCUGUGGCUGGGAGAACAGCGGAGGGGACAUGGGCUGGGAGCAAUGGAACGGUCCCACAAACACUGAGAACACUGGCCCUGACGAUGACUUCUCUCGGCCUGGCUUUGGGAAUUACCUGCUGCUGGACUCUGAGUACAACAACCCUGGAACGGCGCUGCUGCUGGAGAGUCCGGCUCUCCGCUCCUCUGGGUGCCUCGUCCUGAGCUUCCACUACUUCCUGUAUGGGUCAGCAGAGACCAUGGCCAUCAACGUUUACAUCAACAAAGCCGUCAAUGGACAACCCGUGUGGACUGUUCAGGGAAACCAGGGAGAACAGUGGAUUUUAGCUCGAGUCAUGUUCCCUGAGUCCGGAAAUGUUCAAUUUGCCAUCGAAGGAGUGCGUGGAGAGACACCUGAGAGCGAUAUUGCUGUGGACAGCGUCUGCAUCUCAGUCUGUGAGCCUUCAGGUAAAUAUGAGGUUGUCGUAGUGGCAGUAUUCAUAUAAAACCGUCCUAAUUGACAUGUGCAUUCUAGAUUAAAUUCCAGGAUUACAGCACAGGACACAUUGGUUGCGUGUCUCUAGAUACAUAUUUGUAGCUGUAUUUGUGAUGCCUCAUCUUUUGGUACAUCACUGUUGGUAAUGUAGAAAAAUGAUUUCCUAUCUAAACGUGUGCCUUGUAUUUGUUUCUGCACUCGUUUGGUCAUCGAUGCACACACGGACCACCUCUACAAACGCGAGAGAAUGUUUCACCGGCA